CGUCAUAAGGUUUGUAAUGGUGAUACGAAGAAACGCCUUUAACGCGUGUUUCUGUAUACUUUCAGUUCACUUCAGUUUUAAAUCUCAUUUUAUGUAACACAGACUGUUAUUAGUAUUAGGUUAUAUCAUUCUAGUAAGGUAUCGUAAUGUUUUCUGCGGGCCCUAAUUACGGAAAAUUAAAAACAAACUUACGUCUGGCAAUUAAUCGCUUGAAGUUGCUUGAGAAGAAAAAGACGGAAUUGGCUCAAAAAGCAAGAAAAGAAAUUGCCGAUUAUAUAUCCAGUGGAAAAUAUGAGAGAGCGAAAAUUCGUGUAGAACAUAUCAUUCGAGAAGACUACCUUGUUGAAGCUAUGGAAGUGGUAGAAAUGUAUUGUGACUUACUGUUAGCAAGAUUUGGACUAAUACAACAGAUGAAAUCUCUUGAUGAGGGAUUGGCUGAGGCUAUUUCCAGUAUGUUGUGGGCAACACCUCGACUCCAAACAGACGUGGCUGAGCUGAAGGCUAUUUCAGACCAGUUGACUCUAAAAUAUGGAAAACCUUAUGCCCAGGCUGCAUGUGAGAAUGCAUUAAAUACUGUAAAUGAGAAGCUUGUCCACAAACUCAGUGUUCAGGCCCCACCCAAAAUACUUGUAGAAAAGUAUUUAAUUGAAAUUGCCAAGAGCCAUAAUGUACCCUAUGAACCUGAUCCUGAUAUCAUGAAAGAAGAUGAGGUAAUGGCUGCAGAAGCAUCACAGGACACAUUGAUUAAUUUUGAUGGUAAUAAUAGUGGUCCUAAUUACCUUCCAGGAGGAGGAAUGAGCUAUCCAGCUAUGCAGUAUCCUUCAAGCCAGCCAGUAUCACAACCUUUUCAAUAUCCUCCUGCUCAUGUUAAAAACCCCAAUGUUGCACCCCCACUGCCAAAUAUGGCUCCAAGUGGACCAUAUCCAUCAACAACAAGCGCACCAAUUGGCUUCAAUCUUCCACCUAACUAUGACUUCAGCCCUGCACCAUCAUAUGACAGUAUUGUUAACAGUAAACCUGAGGAUCAAAUUAAAGGUGUCCAGGGACAUGAUUCAAAUCAGAAAGAACCAAAUGGUAAACCAAAACCUAAACCAAGGACCAUGUUCCCUACUGAUACACUACCAGAACUUCCCUCAGUCCCAACAAACAGCCUUCCAAACACAGAUUCUUCCCAUAAUCCUAAAGCUGGAGAAGAAUCUGUGGAUUUCGAUGACCUGACUAGACGCUUCGAGGAGCUUAAAAAGCGAAAGUAAUGGACUACCAUAUUAAAACAUAUAAUUCUGAUAACUGGAAAUUAGUGUCUAAUCUGCUUUUCAUUAAUGCUGUUUCUUAACUUUCUGUAUCAUACUUAAUAAAUUUUACAUAAGCAAAGGAUUGUUUUAAUCAUUCAUCAUGAUUGUGCAAGAAAGUCAGACUUGUAAAGUAUUCUUAUGCAUAAAAAUCUUAAUUUUUAAUAUGCUUUGAUACUCCAGUAUACAAAUUUCAUACCUGCAUUACAUUAUUUUGUAGAAAUAUAUUACUUCAUCCUAAUAAUUAUUAAUACAUUUUAGUUGUGAAUAAUUCUGUAGCUGUAUAUUAGUUAUUAAAUAAUGACCA